AUGCUGCGCACGGACCAGCUGCGCACGGACCAACGCGCACAGCCUGCCCUUAUCUCCCCAUAUAGCAUUACCAUACAUCGCCACCCCUCGAGGAACGAACUCUUCAACACCUGCACUUCAGUGGGCGGUGUUUGUCCUCACGGACGCUACGCGCACCUCCCCGUCCUCCCCCCAUCCAACGUGGCUGCCUGCCAAGGCCAGAUCCACGCAUUCGACUCCCAGGAUCUCAUCGACGUCUACAUCCCAGACGGCCCUGAGACUGUCCUUUAUCGUUGCGAGCAGCAGCCGUGCCCCAACCGGACACCCCGAUCGAUCGAGGAGGAUUACCCUCGCUACAAAGCGAUCCGACAAGCGCAACACCCGCUCGGACCCCGAAGCACCCUCGCAUCUCGAUCUGCCUCGCGGCACUCUCGCCCUGUCUCCCCUACCUCCCGCCUUCCCCAAACUGUCGCCGAGUCCAGUCAAGCUCGAGGAGAUCUCCCUCCAGACCCUGCGCCAGAGCCUGAGCCUGAGGAGGGUGCAGGUGAAGAAGGAAUCUCGGAGUCCGAGUCCGAGGAUUCUACUGGGUCCGCCUCGCUGACAGCGCUCACCCCCGCGUCAGCAGUCCCUGAC